GAGGAUGCUGAGCGGUGGAUGUAACUGCUGUGCAGGCCAAGGGGAGAGAAGAGGGUCCUUAAGAGAGGAGUACCGAAGGAGAGUCCCAGAGGAAAGCAGAGCUUAGGAGGAAGGGCUGGAGAGACUUGGGCUUAGCUGCUUGAAGUGGGGCUGAGUUAGAGGCGAGGCUUAGAGCGAGUAUACUAGAGGGGCCGUGUAAAAUGUGGUAAAGCUGUGUGGUUCGAAACUUCAGCCUGCGUCAGAAUCACCUGAAGGGUGUUUUAAAACGCAGGUCCCUAGGCUCUACCCCCAGGGUCUGUGAUUCAGGGAAUCUGGGGUAGGGGGCUGGGAAUUUACAUUUCUAACGAAUUUCCUGUGGCGCCGCUGCUGCAGGUAUUCAAGCCACACCUUCAGACCCCCUGACUUAGGGAAAUGCUUUGGAAGUGCGAAACAAUUGUACGUGAAAGCGGUGAGAGAGGCGGGGGCUUAAACACUGAGAGCGGAAAAGGCGGGGCUCACGCUCAGGGGCGUGGCUCGGCCCCAGAAGCUCCGAGAGGCGGGGGUUACCAGGGAGAGGUGGGCUUCCAGAGAGUGGGGGCCUUUGAGACUGGGAAGUACGGGGCAGACUUCAAGGGCUGGGUCGACGAGGGUGGGUUCUGAGGCGGUGAGCGGGAACUAUGCUAAAUAAGCUCCGAAAGAGGAGUCGUCGGGGCUGGGGCGGGGCUUAGGCGUUAAUUUUGCAUAAGGGGCGUGGCUUAACGAGGGGCCCCGGGCGUGUGGGCGGUGCCCUAAGAAGGGGCAGGCGCACUGCGCUCCGCUAGCCCACCGGAAGCAGGGCCGGCUUCCCCCUGUCCCUGCGGCCCCCGAGCCAGCGCGCAGGCGCACUUCCCCUUCCCGGUCUCCGCCGCCGCCUCCCCUUUCCGCUCCUCCACGCCGGCGCCUCGGAGACGGGCGCGAUUUCCGCUUCCGGACGGGCGGGCAGGCGGGCGGCGCGGGGCUGCCGGGGAGGGGGAGGGGGUGGCACUUCCGGUCGGGCCCUCGGGUCUCCCCGGAGCGGCGGCGCCUCCUCCGCCUCCUCAGCCUCCUCCCGGCGGAGACCCCGGCGCCGCUUCUCCCCACGCCCCUUCUCCUGGACUCCCCAAGGAAGACCCAGCUUCGGCCGCCUCUUCCCUUGGACAUGCAUUCGUUCACUCUUCACCGAACGAAUAUGCACUUGCUGUUCCAGGUCCAGGGUGUACAGCGUGAAGGGGAGCGAGCCAUACAGUCUUUGUUUUGUGGGUCUUUACAGUCUGGUUGAGACAGAUCAAAAGCAAGUAAACAAGAUCGGUGCUGUUUUCUGGGUUUUUCUGAGAGCCUUAAGAGCUACUUCAGAGGUGAAACCUGAAUUAGCACAGGCAGCCUCGCCACGGAAAGGUCUGGAUGAAUUGUUCCAGGCAGAGGCCCUGAGGUGGCUGUGAGCGUGCUGAUGGGAGGGGCAGCAGGGGAGGUGGUGAGGUUGGAGCAGAGGAGUGGAAGGGAAGAUGAGGGGGGAGACGGUGUGAUCUCACAGGGCUUCAGAGGUGGGGGCAUUGUGAUCAGUCACUUGGCCUUGGUCAGCUCUGCGGAGCCCAGAGCGUUCUUCAUUUGUUCAUUCUUUUCCUUUGUUCAACAACUGUUCAAUGAACACCUGCUACACACUGGGGAUGCAGCAGAGAACAAAACAGACAGCCCUGUCCUCGUGGAGUGCAUAUGCCAGCUCUGGGGCAGACAAUUAAAGAGCAAAAUAUAGAUACUUGUGUGAAAGAAAUACAGCAGGGUAAGAGCAUAGCAGGGCUGCAGUGUCAGAGGAAGUGACAGGAAGGCCUCUUUCAAGAGAUCCCUGUCCCCCCAGCACCAAGAAGUUAGAUCUGUGUGUAGACUCCUCUCCUGGACAGCUGCAGUCCUCCGGGGGGGAUGAGGGGACUCCUUAAUGCUCACCUCUCCUGGGAGUGAAAUGGUUAAGAGCAUGAAACCUGGCUCGCACUAGCCUUCAUAUCUCUGAGCAGACCACUCCCUAUUUCCAGGCCUCAUUCAUUCACUCAUUUAACACAUUUGUCGAGAUAGGCCCUGUUCUAAGUGCUGGAGCUAGACCAGUGAACAAGUCAGAUGCAAAAUCUUGCCUGCUUGGAGCCCACCUCCAGGAGGGGCAGUCCAGCAACAAAUAGAACAUACGUGGUGGUACUGACUGGAGGGCAUGGCAACCCACUCCAGUAUUCUUGCCUGGAGAAUCCGCAUGGAGCCCUGUGGGCUGCAGUCCAUAGGGUCGCAAAUGCACACACGCAUGCACUGACUGGAAAGGAGAGAAGCGAAGGAGGCUGGGGUGAGCAGGAAUGUUGCUCUGGGUGACAGGUCACAGUGGUCUUGGAGCACCCUGUUGAGAAGACAGCAUCUGAGCAGACGUGAAGGAGAUGAGGGGGUGAGACAGCUAUAUGGAUGGGAGUCCCAGCCUUCCAGGCAGAAGCAACAGCCUGUGCAAAGGCCCUGGGGCAGCGAUGGAGCCGGCAUGUGGCCAGAGCUGCCAGGAGGCAGCUGGGGCUGCGGAGGUCUUCUCUGACCUCCUCUGAGAUGUCACUGCAGGUUUUGAGCAGAGGAGCAACAGUGACAUGGUUCGGUCUUAGUCUUCUGUCUACUAAGUAAGAACAAUAAUAAAGCUUAUCUUUUUCCUUUUUUCGUAUUUAUUUGGCUCAGUCGGGUCUUAGUUGUGGUGCGCGGGCUCCGUAGUUGCGGCAUGUGGGAUCUUCAUUCCCCAACCAAGGAUUGAACCCACUUCCCCUGCAUUGCAAGGCAGAUUUUUAACCACUGGAUCACCAGGGAAGUCCCAGGAAUGCUUAUCUUGCAAGUCUGUUGUGAGUGUGAUUGAAACAAGACACAUAAAACAGUGCGGUGUUGGUAGCAUGGAGGAAAUGUCAGUGGCUAGUCCUAGCGUUGUGUGGCGGCAAAGUGAGUGGGCAGAGUAUUUCCGGCACAAAGUGGAGUGAAGGCUUUUUAAAAAUUUUAUUUUGGAGAGAGAUAUUGAAAGACAGCAUGGAAAUUCCCUGGUGGUCUAGUGGUUAGGACCCCAUGCUUUCACUGCAGGGGGACCAGGUUCCGUCCCUGAUCAGGGAACUAAGAUCUUGCAAGCCAUGAGUUGUUACCACAAAAAUAGAAAAAGAUAGAUGGCAUGUUGUGAGGAUAACAGCAUGUCCUCUUGAACCUCAUCACUGGCCUGCGAUUCCUGGCCCUGCCACUUGGUGGUGGUAUGACUUUAGGAGAUUAAUUGACCUCUCGGGCCCUCAGUCUCUUCCUCUGUAAAAUGGGGUUAAUAAUCUGAACCAUCUUCUACGGUUAUUGGGAAGACUCAUUGAGUCAACACACAUGACGGAUCUAAAAGGGUACUUGCCACGCAGGAAGCACUCACUCGGGCCCCGUUACUGUGUGUCAUUGUUAUUGUCAUUACAGAUGAGAAUCUCAUCACAAGGCAGCUUUAUUGCACCAGCAUGGCCCACAGGUCUGGGCAUCAGGGGCCUGGAAUCCAGUACUUGCUUUCCCCUCCUUGGGGAAAUGACCCCUCCCACUUCUGUUUCCUUCCUUGUGCAAUGGAUCCAGUCAUGUACAGGACGUUAGGAGGCAUCAGGGUGAUGGUCCACGUGAAACCCGACAGACAGUAAACACGAGUUGCUAGGACUGUGAUUGCAGUUGCUGUGGGACUCCUCCUUGGGAGGGGCUGCCCCCUCAGGCCACUGCCCGAAAUACACCAUACAUCUCCCCUUAGAAAGACAGCAGUUUAAGACUCAGGUCCCCGGAGACAGGAAAUGUGGCUCCUUUCCCAGUGGAAAUAGUUGUGAGUCCGGUCAGUUUUGUCCUUCAGUCCCACCGCCUGCAUCUCAGCCGCAGUCCUUAGGCAUCUCACCUGCCUUGGAGGCCCUCUUCACGACAUCAUUCCCACCAGAACUCAUCCUCCUGGGUACACCUCGACAAUAUCAGCUCCAUCUCGGCUAAAUGCUGCCACCCCCGCCCCCGCCAACCCCGGAAGUACUGUUCAGCACAGUCGAUUCCCUUUAUUCAACGAAUUUAUAUCAGCAGACACCAACAGCUAUGUUUGCCUCUGAGCCCAGCUUUAGCUGCAUCUAACUUUUGUUACUUUUCCAUUUUUGUCCAUCUGAUUUCACACUGGUGAUGAGGGAGGGUGCUGUUUAAUCCCCACAUUUCAGCAAAUAACUUACCGAGUAGCCACGCUGCGCCAGGCGCUGUGCUAGGUGCUGGGUGCCCAGUGGUGAGCCACACAGGCCAAGUGUUCGCUGUCUUAGGCGAGGAGAGCCGACAGUAGAGACAGCAAGAGGAAAUAUGCGCAGUAUGUUGGCAGCAGUGGCUUUGGUGAAAAAAGUGCGGCAGGAUGAGGGGCGCGUGAGUGGUGGGGCGAGGGACGCACGUCCCCUCUCCUGGAGGCGACAUCGACCCGGAGCAGAGACCUCAAGGGGGUUAGGGCAGGGGGCGUGGGGUCUGGGGACAAGGGUCUAGGCAGGAGGGAGCAGCCUCACCGCCAUGUGUUCAGGAAGGUAACCCCCCUCCCACCCGGCCCCUGUAGAAACGCCCCUCAUAACCCAGAGAGCGCCCCCAAAGUAAGGCUCCUGUCCCCCCAGUUCCACCCUCACCUUCCUCCUCCUCGGGGAACCACCUUGUGCGUGCGCGUCAUGGCAAGGAUUCCGAGGGUGCUGGCCUGGGGGAGCGCCCCGCAGCCUUAGCUGUGUGCUUGGGGUGGGGCGGGGCUUCAUCCCGGGACCCGGCCCCGCCCCCGCCGGGAGCUUCCUACCACCACCACCCCCCCCCGCCCCCAUCCUUCACAUGCCUCCCCACGGUCCCCUCCCCAGCCCACUCUAGCACUGCCUCCCGGACUCGGCUUCGCACACAGGCUUCCACCAGCACCUGGCCACGCCUUUGCUCCUUCCGGAGAUCAGAUUAACCAGCCGAGUGUGAAGGGCAUGGGCUGCUGAAUCGCACCCAGGGACACCAGGAGCUGGAGGCUAAAAAUUCUGACCUCCGGGCAGGGGUCGGGGAGGCACUCACCUUUCACCUGUCUGGGGACAGAGGCAGCCAGACGGGCCCACUGACCCCUGGGGUGGUCUGGCCGCAGGGCCCGGGCCCCAGCGGAGGGGGGACAAUGGCUAAAAAGCACGCCUGACCGGGCGGGCCCUUCUCCCCGUGGCACUCCACCCGCUCAGUGGAGGCAUUUCCCGGGGCCUCUGGUGGGUGUCAGGCUGAGAUCAAUUGCAGGGGACACUGGAUUGAGGCAGACGGAUGCUGGCCAGCUGCAGUCUGGAAGGAGAGGUCCUGGAAAAGUGCUUCGAGAACAACUGCUGGGUGGAGGGAGCAGGAGUUGCCCCCAGGGGCGAGGGCGGGAACCCCGACUCCUGGACCACCUGCCACCAGGCUCCUCCCAGGCGCGUGAUGCCCAUGAAGGGUCCCCCAUCUCCCCGCCGCCCAGGAUGGAGGCCAACCCAGCGGGCAGCGGCGCCGGGGGCGGCGGGAGCGGCGGCCUGGGGGGCGAGGACGGGGUCCACUUCCAAAGCUACCCCUUCGACUUCCUGGAGUUCCUCAACCACCAGCGCUUUGAGCCCAUGGAGCUGUACGGGGAGCACGCCAAGGCGGUAGCUGCGCUGCCCUGCGCACCGGGGCCCCCGCCACAGCCGCCGCCACAGCCGCCGCCGCCCCAGUACGACUACCCGCCCCAGGCCAGCUUCAAGCCCAAGGCCGAGGCCCCCUCCUCGUCGUCCUCCUCGUCCUCGUCCUCCUCCUCGUCCUCGUCGUCGUCCUCCCAGGCCAAGAAGCCCGACCCGCCACUGCCUCCCGCCUUCGGGGCACCGCCGCCCCCGAUCUUCGACACGGCCUUCCCUGCCCCGCAGUGGGGCAUCGUGGACCUCUCGGGCCACCAGCACCUGUUUGGGAACCUGAAGCGCGGGGGGCCGGCCUCCGGGCCGGGGGCCGCCCCGGGGCUGGCCGCGCCCCCGGGGACUCCCGGGCCGCUCCCCGCUGCCUCGCAGGCGCCGCCGGGUCCGGCGGCGGGGGCAGCAGCCUGCGAAGCGGCCAAGGACGACAAAGGCUACUUCCGGCGGCUCAAGUACCUGAUGGAACGGCGCUUCCCGUGCGGCGUGUGCCAGAAGUCCUUCAAGCAGUCCUCGCACCUGGUGCAGCACAUGCUCGUGCACUCUGGCGAGCGGCCCUACGAGUGCGGCGUCUGCGGCCGUACCUACAACCACGUGUCCAGCCUUAUCCGCCACCGCCGCUGCCACAAGGACGUGCCGCCGGCUGCGGGCGCCCCGGUGCCGCCGCCACUCCCGCCGCUGGGCUUGCCAGCGCCCGCCGCGCCCUCCUCGGCGCCCCCUGGGCCCCCGGCCGCGCCCACCGACGGCAGCGCGGCCCCCGCGGGCGCGGGCGUCGGUGUGGCCCCUCCAGCGGGGACGGCGGCGGGGGGCGGCGACGGCCCGUUCGCCUGCACGCUGUGCUGGAAGGUGUUCAAGAAGCCCAGCCAUCUGCACCAGCACCAGAUCAUCCACACGGGCGAGAAGCCCUUCUCGUGCUCCGUGUGCAGCAAGAGUUUCAACCGCCGGGAGAGCCUCAAGCGCCACGUGAAGACGCACUCGGCCGACCUGCUGCGCCUGCCCUGCGGCGUGUGCGGCAAGGCCUUCCGCGACGCCGCCUACUUGCUCAAGCACCAGGCGGCGCACGCGGGCGCUCCCGGGCCGCGGCCCGCUUACCCCUGCGAGCUGUGCGGCAAGUCCUACUCAGCGCCGCAGAGCCUGCUGCGCCACAAGGCGGCGCAUGGCCCGCCCGCCGCCCCCGAUGCGCCCAAGGACGCGGCGGCCCCCGGCGCGCCGCCCGCACCCGCCUUCCCGCCGGGGCCCUACCUGCUGCCCCCGGACCCGCCCGCCUCCGAUGGCGAGAAGGCGGCGGCCGCGGCGGCCGCGGCGGUGGUGUACGGCGCAGUGCCCGUCCCGCUGCUGGGCGCCCACCCGCUGCUGCUCGGCGGGGCCGGCCCCGGCGGGGCUGGGGGCUCGGGCGCCAGCACGCCCGGCAAGACGUUCUGCUGUGGCAUUUGCGGGCGUGGCUUCGGGCGCCGCGAGACCCUGAAGCGGCACGAGCGGAUCCACACGGGCGAGAAGCCACACCAGUGCCCGGUGUGCGGGAAGCGCUUCCGUGAGUCCUUCCACCUGAGCAAGCACCACGUGGUGCACACCCGCGAGCGGCCCUAUAAGUGCGAACUCUGCGGCAAGGUCUUCGGCUACCCGCAGAGCCUCACGCGCCACCGCCAAGUGCACCGGCUCCAGCUGCCCUGCGCCCUGGCCGGGGCCGCCGGCCUCCCCGCCGCCCAGGGCGCCGCAGGGGCGGCCGGCCCGAGCAGCUCAGCCGCGUCUGGGGCCGCCGCGGACGGGCUCAGCUACGCCUGCUCGGACUGCGGCGAGCACUUCCCGGAUCUCUUCCACGUCAUGAGCCACAAGGAGGCGCACAUGGCCGAGAAGCCCUACGGCUGCGACGCCUGCGGCAAGACCUUCGGCUUCAUCGAGAACCUCAUGUGGCACAAGCUGGUGCACCAGGCAGCCCCCGAGCGCCUGCUGCCGCCUGCGCCUGGCGGCGCCCAGCCCCCGGAGGGCUCCGGCGGCACCGACGCGGCCACCGUGCUGGACAACGGGCUGGCCGGGGAGGUGGGGGCAGCCGUGGCGGCGCUGGCUGGGGUGUCCGGGGGCGAGGACGCUGGCGGGUCCGCGGCGGCCGGGGGCAGCGGGGGCGCCAGCGCGGGCCCCGAGCGCUUCAGCUGUGCCACCUGUGGCCAGAGCUUCAAGCACUUCCUGGGCCUGGUGACCCACAAGUACGUGCACCUGGUGCGCCGGACCCUGGGCUGCGGCCUGUGCGGCCAGAGCUUCGCGGGCGCCUACGACCUGCUGCUGCACCGGCGCAGCCACCGGCAGAAGCGGGGCUUCCGCUGCCCAGUGUGCGGCAAGCGCUUCUGGGAGGCGGCCCUGCUCAUGCGCCACCAGCGCUGCCACACGGAGCAGCGGCCCUACCGCUGCGGCGUGUGUGGCCGCGGCUUCCUGCGCUCCUGGUACCUGCGGCAGCACCGCGUGGUGCACACGGGCGAGCGCGCCUUCAAGUGCGGCGUGUGCGCCAAGCGCUUCGCGCAGUCGUCCAGCCUGGCGGAGCACCGGCGGCUGCACGCUGUGGCGCGGCCCCUGCGCUGCGGCGCCUGCGGCAAGACCUUCCGCUACCGCUCCAACCUGCUGGAGCACCAGCGGCUGCACCUUGGCGAGCGCGCCUAUCGCUGCGAGCACUGCGGCAAGGGCUUCUUCUACCUGAGCUCCGUGCUGCGCCAUCAGCGCGCGCACGAGCCGCCGCGGCCCGAGCUCCGCUGUCCCGCCUGCCUCAAGGCCUUCAAGGAUCCCGGCUACUUCCGGAAGCACCUGGCGGCCCACCAGGGCGGCCGGCCUUUCCGCUGCUCCUCCUGCGGCGAGGGGUUCGCCAACACAUACGGCCUCAAGAAACACCGCCUGGCGCACAAGGCUGAGGGCCUGGCGGGGCCGGGAGCGGGGGCCGGCCCGUUGCCCGGGAAGGACGCCUGAUCGGGGAGUGUGCCUCCCCAUCGCCACUCCCAUCAGACGUCCCCUCCCGGACUCGCCCCUCGGGGGCGCGGACCUCCUCCUGCCGGCCCUCCCAUCCAUCAUCCUUCCGAACUUAAGACAGACUAGUCUCCUCCCCCAAGGCCCAUGUCGUGCAGACCCUAGCCUGCCUCUCUCCACCUGGACCUCCCUGGCCCUCUCCUCCUCCUAUCGGACACUGAACUCGACCCUCCGUCCACCCCUAAUGUGUACCCCUCUCCAGCCCCACUGCCCUAGCAGCCUGCAGCCCCCCCAGUGAUCUGGGUGGAGCCGGGUCUGGACGGCCUCUCCCCCUUCCCCGGCAAACUGGCCGGACAGCGGAGCGUGAGCGGUUCGGGAGGGCACGGGGUGGGGGCCUGGGUGCUCUUGGUUUGUGGGGGUGGGGGGCGGGGGGCAGACGCGGCUUGUACAGAGCGGAGAAUAAUAAAUCUUAUCAACA